AUGGAAGAUGGAAGCAGCAGCUUCAUUGUUCAUAAAUCAUGCACCGAGCUACCCGUUCAGAUGCACCAUCACCCCUUGCAUGCAGAGCAUCCACUCACUCUCAUCAGAAAUGCCCGAAAUUAUACUUGUAAUGUCUGUAGGGAAAAGUUUUAUGGCCCCACCUUGGCUACCUUCGCUUACUGUUGUUCCAAAUCUGGAUGUGACUUCAUCCUCGACCUCAAGUGUGCCUCCACAUGGCGCAAAGUCACUGAAAAUCAUUCCGGUGAUCAUCCCCACCAAUUCAGCCUCUAUAAGAAACCAAAACUGAAAUUCGAGUGUGAGGCAUGUGGCGAGGAGGGACGUUACUCCGUCUAUAUCUGUAGAAGCUCUGGGUCCAUAAGAACUGCACUUCAUUACCGGGCCACCUCAAAACAAGAGCGCACCCACACCUUCUCAUGCUUAGAUGGUCCCUUGAUGGCAUUAUUAAAAUCCGCCAGGAAAUGCGCAGUUAUGGUGGGCAUUGAUGACCUUGAUGAUGACGAGAUGAUUGAGGAGGCCUCGAAUGCUGAUCAUCCCAUUAAUCCUGAUGUGCAGGCACAACAGAUCACCAAUGAAGAUCUACAUAAACAGAUAAAGCACUUUAGUCAUCAACAUUUGUUAACCCUCAUCAGCGGUCAUCAUGAGGUAAUUAAAUAUGACGGUGAUGAUAACAGUACACUUAAUUGUGAUGGUUGCACUGGACCCAUUUCCCCCACGGAUGCCUUUUAUAGCUGCAUGCAACAAGAAGAAGAAGAACAACGAAACUGUCAUUUCUUUCUUCAUACAAACUGUGCUCGAUUACCCACAAAGACGCGUCAUCGAUUUCACCCAGAACACCUAGUCACACUUCUCUCAAAAGCGCCUUCUAUUGAUGGUGUGUUUAAGUGUGACAUAUGCAACACUUUCAGCCAAGGUUUUAUCUACAAUUAUGAACAAUGUUCCUUCUACCUUGACCUUCAAUGCAAUUUUCUUCCGGACUCGCUUAAACAUGAGGCCCACGACCAUUGCCUCAUCCUAAACAAAGCAUAUUUGAUGUGUUGUGUUGGUUGUGGUUGUCGACCAGAUUUCCGCUUCAGUUGCAUGUAUCUAGGAUCAUGUGUGUUCUCUGUUUAUUGUAUUAAAUGUGUCAAACUACCUCUUAUCACUAGGCAUAAAUAUGACAACCAUCCUCUCAAGCUUACAGAUGCUAGUGUUACAGACGAUGAUGAAUAUUAUUGUGAAAUUUGCGAAGGAGAAGGAGAUCCAGAAUAUUGGUUCUACAGCUGUGAAGACUGUGACUUCAAUUUCCAUCCUGACUGUGUUCUGGGGAGGUAUCCUCAAAUCAAGUUAGGAAGCACAUACAAGCUUGAUGCUCACCCACACCCGGUCACCCUUGUUGAUAAGAUAAAGAGUGUCAUUCCUAAUGACAAGCGAUACAAGGAUAUUAGUCCUUGCGUGGAGUGUCAUGAACCUUGCGAAGGAUUGGUGUAUGAAUGUUCAGAAUGUAAUAUAAAUAUCCACCGAAACGGAUGUUGCAACUUGCAAGAACAAGAUUAG